AUGGGGAAGAAGAUGUUAACAGUGUUGAAAGGCAACGGUAGUAGCAGUCUGCUGUUGGAGAUCGUAGAAUCUAAUCUACUCGAGGGGAAAUUUUCCAAGAAGAUCAACCUUGUUACUUCAAGCGGUCUAUAUCCAGUGAAGCUUCAAAAGAACGAAUACGGUUCGAUCAAUUUUGUCGGCCCCUGCUGGAAGGAGUUGUGCAGUGAUCUGGAACUCCAAGACGGUGGCAAAGUGGUUAUGGAGGAUAUCAGUUUAUGCGGGAAAACAUCAUUGUUGUUUGUCCCUUUCGACACUGAUCAAUGUGCGAAGGAAUCUACACGUACAUCAUUGGUAGACACGUAUUCGUUCUUGGUUCCCUCAACGAAAGAAAUAUAUGCAGAAGUGGUCAUCCCUAGUAAGCUUUUACGGAAAGCUUGUUUAGAUUAUGUGACUCACGUAUGUGUGAGAACAGGGCAAGGAAAAUGGAUUGUCACCUUGGUGGCCGAGUACCGUAAUAAGUCUUACAUUUGCGGGAACAAUUGGAACAAGUUAUGCACUUAUCAUAACCUGGAGGCAGCUUCGACAUUACAUUUUAAUUAUCGGGGAUUGCGCAUAUUUGACCUGACAAUGUUUUCAGCUAGCGGGCAUGAGAUAAAGUAUGAUAGCAGUGCAAUGGAUACCGGUGAAUGCAGGAGCGAAGGACUUUCUGAUAACCAGUUUGAUGUGGUGUUAGACAGGGACAUCUUCAGAAGUAACAGAAUUGAAAUCCCUGCAAGUAUGGUAACCAAGUUCGAUUUGAUGAGGAAAGAAUUUGCAUAUAUAAUUCAUCCAAACGGAAGGUUCACUGCAAAUAUAAUGGCGAGGCAGUUAUACGUAUCUAGCACAAGCACGAAGCCUUGGGUCGUCAUGGAUGCAAAUUGGUCGAUGCUGACAGUUCGGAACAAUGAUCCGGGUAGGGGAACCAUAAUGCGUUUUGAAUUGGUUCGUCACAGGGAUACAGAUGCAGCUAAUGGAGUGGCAUUCUCCGUAACCUUUCACAGCGUGUAG